GAUAACACCAUGGGAGAUGGUGCUGUGGCGCGUCGAGGAAGGUGCUCUAUCCUUAUCUGCGGGCACAGCUUCGUCUUUUGGGCCGCCCACCAGGCUAAGAGGACGGCGUUCGGGUCCCAGCUUGGCCUGAGCCGGUGGGCUACAGUGGAGUGGCAGGGCCGUCGAGGCCUGCGUUGGCCUGGCCUGCUUCCACUAUUAUUUGAAGGGAGGUGUGCCCCUCCGCCUCAUAUUCUCGUCAUUCACCUGGGGGGGAAUGACUUGGGUUUGGUGAAGGGCAAGGCCCUGUCACUGCAGGCACAGGCAGACUUGCAGUUGAUAGGCAAGUGCUGGCCUGGUGUCUUAAUUAUAUGGUCCGAUAUAAUUCCCAGGAGGGUUUGGCGGGAGGCCUUGGAUCAUAAGGCCAUUGAGGGAGCACGUUAUAAGGCCAAUAAGGCUUUGCACAAGGCUUUGGAGAAGGGGUUGGGGGUUUAUUUGCCCCACCCCUGUAUAAGGGCUGAUCUGCCGGACCUCUACCGAGGUGAUGGCGUUCACCUUUCUUUUAAAGGCAACAACAUAUUUCUGGACGACUUGCGGCGGGGGUUGCUGGAGGCAUUACGCCAUAUUUGGGGCGUCGAGGCCUAAGCAGAGGCUUGACCUCGUCGGUGGCAGGUUAGAGUUGGGAUUUGAGAGCGGGCCGGUGAGUACCCUUGGCACAUCCUCAUUGGUGGGGAAUUGGGGUCUGUCAGGAGCGGCUGCGGCCCUACGGCUCAGCUGCGAGGGCAGACUGCCUGGUGGGACCUCCCAGACAAGUCCUUAUCCCAGGCUGUACGGCUUGGGGUGUUUGGAGCUUUAUGGGGGGAACCAUUCGCCUGGCCGGCCGGGCCCAAGCCAUCUCCGUUGGAUGGCUCGCACCCGGGGCAGUGGGUCUCGCCCAGGCAGGUUCAAGGAGAAGGUCCCAUGGUGACCACUGGCUUGACCUGUACCGCUAGUUAGCUCCCCUUGUUGCCGCUGUUAAGGUUAUGUUGUUGCUUUAAUAAAGUAGCCCUUAGUACCCAAAACCUGUGUCUGCCUCUUUCUUCCGACUAGGGUAUCAAGACGGCAACCCCCAGCCACGGCACAGCCGUUAAGGCUGGGUGCCUCUUUUGAUGCCCUGGAAGGAGAGAGAGCAGAGCUCCCCUUCCAGGA